AUGUUUAUUAGUUUGAUGGCUUAUCGAAGCUUUAACCUUGAGGGAACUUCCAGCAAAGAUUGCGGAGGUCAGACGACGGGUGUUGGUUUGUGCAGCAAUCUUUUGUUGUUGCCCUUCGAGCUUGUCUCCAGAGUGAUGAAGAUAACUAGGUCUAACGCUAGAAGGGGUUGGAACGAUGUUUCGUUUCACGGUUCGGAUCAGAUCCAGACGCCUAACAUCGACAGCCUGGCCUACAGCGGGGUGAUUCUGAAACAGUACUACUCUGAGGCCAUAUGUACUCCCGCUCGCACUGCGCUUCUAACUGGGAAAUAUCCUAUGAGAUUGGGAAUGCAGGGCAUGCCUUUAUACAACGCGGAAGAUAGGGGAAUACCUUUAAAUGAGCGCCUUCUACCCUCAUAUUUAAAGGAGCUGGGCUACACCACCCAUUUGGUGGGGAAAUGGCACGUGGGGAUGUCCCGGCGGGAAUACCUGCCUACGUCAAGGGGAUACGACAGCCACUAUGGAAUGAGAGGCGGUUUGAUUGAUUACUAUACUUACAACAAAGUUGAGAGAUUGCCCGAUGGCACGGAAUUCUUUGGUUUGGACCUCUUCGACGAUGAUUUGCCGCAAGAAAAAGAGGAACGUUACAUCAUUGAUGCGCUUACAGACAGAGCUAUUAAAAUAAUCUACCAGCACAACGGCUCAACACCACUCUUUCUCCAUGUCACACAUAACGCCCCUCACUCAGGCAACGAGGGAGUUCAUCUGCAGCCACCACUCUACUCCACCGUGAAGAACCGACACAUAGCGCUCUCCGAUAGACGUCUGUAUGCUGAAAUUGUCAAUCACAUAGAUUUGAGUGUCGGUCGAAUAGUGAGAGCUUUAGCGGAAACAAACAUGUUAGAUGACACAAUGAUUGUUUUUGUAUCUGACAACGGCGCUCCGACUGUUGGGGAAAUGGCUAAUUGGGGUGUAAAUUUACCUUUGAGAGGAAAGAAAAACACGCCUUGGGAAGGAGCAGUUAGAGUGCCAGCCUUUAUUUGGCAUGCUUCAUUCAGGCCUAAAGUUUGGGAUGGGCUAAUGCAUGUAUCAGAUUGGAUGCCUACAUUGGUAGGUGCUGCUGGAGGCGAUGUGACAACUGAAAUCGAUGGAGUCAAUCAGUGGAAUGCUAUCGUACAGGAUGGAGAAUCUAAACGCACUGAAGUACUUAUUACUGUUGAAGACGGCGAGAGAAAUACAUACGCCGCUUAUAGAGCAGGAGAUUAUAAGAUCAUAGUUGGCAAUGUUACUGGAUUGAGCAAUGGUUAUUAUGGUGAUCUGUUUAUGGCGAAUAAAAUGACUCCCCCGGAAUAUUACCCGGCUCUACGAUCUUGUGAAGUAGCCCAAACAUUUGAAAGUUUGGGUUUUUAUUUAGAUUAUAAUGGAGUGCAGGCUAUGAGAGCAGCAACCAUAUUGAGACAGCAGGAUCCUAUUAGUGACUCAACAUCAUGUAUACCAACAUCAACUCGUGGCUGCCUGUAUAACGUUCGCCUUGAUCCGGCUGAGAGGCAUGAUCUGUGGUCACGUGCCAAUAAAAUUGCUAACCUGUUGACCAGCCGGCUUCGUGGCCUCUGGGCUCAGCAGCAGCGAAGAGGUCCCCCCAAUCUAGGUGUUCAAGCAAAUCCCGCCAAUUUCAAUUAUGUUUGGACCCCAUGGUUACCAGAUCAAUAUCAAGUCAUAGGUCUCUCUCCUUUUACUAAUUCUGAUUUCGCAGUGAGGAUGGCUGACAUGGGUAUCGACAAAAACACAACUUUAGCAGCUUCAAUAAACUGUGAGGGUACAACAGGAAUAAAGAACUUUUUGUGUAUAUUAAAGAGUGUAUUUUAGUUUGACAGUUGUUGUUAAGUAUUU